AGAGUAGAUAAAUGGAAGAGGAGAGGAUGGAGAAGGGAACGGUGAAGAAAAGAAGACAUAAGGAAGUGCAGUGGGGUGGAGAUGAGAGGCAGAAAGCGUGUGGCUGGGGCCCCACGCCUCUGAGGAAGGAAGGAGAGGGUGACCUGGGAUGCUCUCCCCUCCCCUCCCCCUCUUCCCUGGGGAGCUGCCCCCAUCCGGCCGCAGCCCUGGCGGGGUGGGGGAGGGACGGGGGCGGCGCCGAGGGGAAUGAAUAAUUGAAGUAGAGGGAGGAGGAAGAAGAGGAGAGGAGGAAGAGGAGGAGGCGGGAGCCUCCCGCACAGGGUCCUCCCCACUCCGCACCCCACCCCCUCCGCCGCCCGGAAGUCGCUCCCCGCCUCCUGCUCCGCCAACAUGGCCGCGAAGUCGGAUGGAGCGGCGGCCGCGGCCGGCCCGGGGCCGGAGGGGGCGGGAGGAGCCCGGAGUGGUGCGGGCGGGCACGGGGAGGAGGCGACCGCGGCGGCCGGGGGCCCCGGAGUGACCGGGGCGGGGGGCUCGGGGCCGCGCUACGAGCUGCGGGACUGCUGCUGGGUGCUGUGCGCGCUGCUCGUGUUCUUCUCCGACGGCGCCACGGACCUGUGGCUGGCGGCCUCCUACUACCUGCAGGGUCAGCGCACCUACUUCGGCCUCACGUUGCUAUUCGUGCUCCUGCCCUCGCUGGUCGUGCAGCUGCUCAGCUUCCGCUGGUUCGUCUACGAUUACUCGGAUCCCGCGGGCGCCCCGGGACCCUCCGUCAGCACCAAGGACAGCGUCCCCGGCGGGCCCUCCAUCAGCACCAAGGACAGCGCCACCGCCUUCCGGACCAAAGAAGUCAGCCCCCAGCUGGGUCCCGGGCCCGCGCCCUCCUCGGCCAGCGCCUACCGCCGCCGCUGCUGCCGCCUCUGCGUCUGGCUGCUGCAGACCCUCGUCCACCUCCUGCAGCUCGGCCAGGUCUGGAGGUAUCUGCGAGCCAUGUACCUGGGGCUGCAGAGCCGCUGGCGCGGGGAGCGGCUGCGGCGCCACUUCUACUGGCGGAUGUUGUUCGAGAGCGCGGACGUGAGCAUGCUGCGUCUGCUGGAGACCUUCCUGCGCAGCGCGCCGCAGCUAGUGCUGCAGCUCAGCCUCCUGGUGCACCGCGGCGGCGAGCCCGACCUGCUGCCCGCCCUGUCCACCUCUGCCUCACUUGUGUCCCUGGCCUGGACGCUGGCCUCCUACCAGAAGGUGCUGCGGGACUCGCGGGACGACAAGCGGCCGCUGUCCUACAAGGGCGCCGUGGCCCAGGUGCUGUGGCACCUGUUCACCAUUGCGGCUCGCAGUCUGGCCUUCGCGCUCUUCGCCAGCGUCUACAAGCUCUACUUCGGCAUCUUCAUCGUGGCCCACUGGUGCGUCAUGACCUUCUGGGUCAUCCAGGGCGAGACGGACUUCUGCAUGUCCAAGUGGGAGGAGAUCAUCUACAACAUGGUGGUGGGCAUCAUCUACGUCUUCUGCUGGUUCAACGUCAAGGAGGGCCGCAGCCGCCGCCGCAUGGCCCUCUACUACUGCAUCGUGCUGCUGGAGAACGCUGCGCUCACGGGCUUCUGGUACUCCAGCCACAACUUCUCCACUGACUUCCGCUCGCUCAUCCUGGUCUGCGUGGUGGCCUCCAGCUUCGCGCUGGGUAUCUUCUUCAUGUGCGUCUACUACUGCCUCCUGCACCCCAACGGGCCCAUGCUGGGUCCCCAGACGCCUGGCUGCAUCUGCCCGGAGGCCCCCGGACCCUGUGGCCCACCCGCCGAUGCUGUCACAAGUCCCCCAAGGUCCCUGCCGAGGACUACAGGCACCGAGCGGGACGGGGCCUCGGUGGGGGGCGAGCGCGCAGGGACCCCCACACCACCUGUCUUCCAGGUGCGGCCUGGCGUGCCCCCCACCCCAGUGGCUCGUCCUUUGCGGACAGAAGGGCCUGUCAUUCGGAUUGACCUGCCCCGGAAGAAGUACCCUGCCUGGGAUGCUCAUUUUAUUGACCGCCGGCUCCGGAAGACCAUUCUGGCGCUGGAGUACUCCUCGCCGGCCACGCCUCGGUUGCAGUACCGGAGCGUGGGGACCGCCCAGGAGCUGCUGGAGUAUGAGACCACGGUGUAGGCCACAGCCUCCCACGCAAAGAGGGACAGGCUUGGCUGACCCCACAUCAACCACAGUGUUGAGCCCAGAAUUUCAGGGCCACCCAGCUAAAAGGGGUGUGGAUCUGUUGGCCCCAGGGUAGAGUGGCCCACCAUUGGGUUCUUUCAGGGGAGGGGACAGCCUUGUGGAGGCCCCAGCCCUAGGCCCUGUUUUCAGCCCUGUGGCCCAUUUCCUAAACUCCCCUGAACUAGGGCCCAGGGAAUCAACUGGUGCUACACUCCUCAUUAGCUCCCCCACUUUCAUGAAGGCCUCCAUACCACGUCUGGUGCCAGGGGCACCCCACCCUCUGCCCUGCCUGGAGUCACCCACGUGUCGCACCUGGCGGACCUGCCAGAGACAGGCCACUGUCUGGGGUCCAUGACCCAGGCCCUGUGCUCCUCCGGGGGGGUGUGGGGGGUGGGCUGCUUCUCUGGGGAGAGGAGAUCUCUGAGAAGGAUGGAGGAGGCCGUGGAAGAUGUGAGGGGAGGUGGGAGCGUCUGGUGGACAAAGUUGGUACAGUUCCUGUGAGGUCCGAGGUCUGGAGCCUGGGCAAGAGGGGAAUUAAAGGAGGGGGUUGGGGUGGGCUGGGGAGUUGGGGCGGGGGCUGACAGGGCUGCAGCUGGGCAGGAGGAAGAACCCCGAGGCAACUGAGGGGUCUAGGCCGGCAGAGGCGUGAAGGGACAGAGGGUGUGGGGGAGGGGAACCCUCAAUUCACCGCAUAGAAAAUGUUCCCAAAGUGACCUCCUCAGGAGACGCCCUUUGUUGUGGGCUCUGUUAUGGAUGAGGGUCCAGACCCCUCAGGUGAAAUGUUUCCAGGAGCCAUUCUUUGUUCUAGAUGAGUAUCUAGAGCACUUCUUCUAGAUAAAGGUCUUGAAUACAACAGAUAAAAUGUCUAGGAAGAUACUCUGGGCUCAAUUAUACAUGAGGUUCUAGCACAUUCAGCAGAGGAAACUGUUCCAGAGAGACAUUCUUCAUGCUGGGUUAAGUUUUGGAACACUUAGCUGAUAAAAUGUCCAGGGAGUCACUCUGCUCUGGAUUCUGUGAUGAGGGUGAAGGCCCUGCUAUUCUGCUCUGAGAGAUUCUAGCUCCUCCCAUGGGGGUGGGGGAGGGGCUCUAGAACCCCAUGUGAAUGGAAUAUUCUAGGAACCAGUACUCCAGUUCUAGAUUUCUGGGGUUUAUAGGAGUUCUAUGCCCCAUCCACCUUGGUCCACAGUCAUCUUCCCCCGAGGAAAUUGUCCUCACAACCCUUGAGACAAUUUCAACUGCCAGCUGGUUUCCAGCUGAAAAAAAUUAGCUCUGGGGACACGACAUAAAUCUUGGCUCUCCGCCAUGCUGCAGAGGCAGCUCCCUGGGAUAGCAGCUGGAAAACUGGCUUGUUUCGCUUCCAAUCUGACAAAUCUCUAGGACCUCUAGUCUAUUCCCGAACAUCCUGGGGUGCCCAUGGGACCCCUUGCGCAUGGAACCUCCUUUCUGUCUGCGACAGCCAGUCCUGGAUAGGGUUGGGGAAGAUGGGAGCAAAGAAGCAGGCAGUUCUGUGGGGUGAGGGGACAGAGCCUCUAAACAGAGCUUGGAACCACCCCCCCAUGUCCCUACUCCCCCAUGCCAACUAAGGAACAUUCCUUACAAGGGCACAGCAGGCAAUAUUAAGGACAGCUGCAGACCUGGGCUGGGGGUGAGGAGGCCCAUGAGAAUCCUAGACUAUGCAAAUUAGAGCAACACUUUGCCCUCUCUGGUUCAGCCUUCCUUGGGUGACAAAUGCAGAAACUUAGGCCCAGUGUGGCAGCUAGUCUCACGGGUCCCAGAAUCCUGCUGUCCUAUCAGAUAGUAAUUGGUGAUAGUGAAUUUACUGAGGAUACAAGGAGAGGGCCACAUUCAGGGUGCAGGGUGACCCCAAAGGCAAAGAGGACAGGACUGCCCACAUACACAUAUAUACAAGCACACAUCACACCUGUGACACAAGUCACCUCACCGCCCCGGCACGCAGGCAACUGCAUAGACAUCCACAUGGGCCCGGAUGGUGUGUGCAUCCCUCCCGCCAACACACAAAGAUGCUUUUACUGCUUUCUUUCUUCUACUUCCCCAACCCCUCAGAAGCCUCAAGAACCAGGCCUGAGGUGAUGGGUGGUGGAGGAGGUCCGGGGCUGACCCAGGCCCCCUCUAGUGGGUUCACCCAGACACCUUUUCUUCUGCCCAAAUCUAUCUCCAGAGACCGAAUUCCAUGGCCAGUUAUGCAUUAAAUCCCUUUGUCAGGCGACAACACUGGGGAAGAAGACCCAGGUCCUCCUGACCACUUCUCCCCUAAACUCGCUCCUGCUGGUGACAGUGCUCCAAGAGUGCUUUUGGCAACCCAGCUUACAGAGGAGGAAACUGAGGCUCAGAGAAGUGACAUCAGGGUCAGCCUUGGCAAGUUAUUUUACUCCCCAGCGUCCUUGAAUGGCCCAUCUGGCUGCCCCAUUAGCCAGCAUUCUAGAAGGAAAAGUUAAAAAAAAAACCUCCCCUGGGAGCUGGGAGUCCUUACAGCUCCAGAAGCCACCAGGAACCAGGGAAUAGGAAUGAGCCAGCAGUGCUAAGACAUGGGAUGAGGCUCUCAGGGAAACCAGGGCCACAUUUUUGGACCUUCCUCCAUCCCACCCCCCGCAUCUCUGUCCCACAAAACCCACCUUCAGGGCCUCUGCCUGCAAGGACAACCGAGCCCUGGAAAUGGCCACAGUCAAGGGCCCUCAGAGAGGCCUCAGUCACCUUCUCCUUCUCACCCCCAGGAAAGAGCUUAGCCACCAAGGACCACCAUAUGCCCAAGAGCUCAGGACCCCAUCCCUUCUUGUCCUGAGGUCAUGCUCUCCACUGGCCUGUCCCCCCACUUCAUCUGGUCCCUGUCAGUCCUCUUGCUUCACUGAGAUAGAGGAGUCAGAGUGGGGAAAGGGCACCAGCCCAUUCGUGUUGUUGUUUUUUCUGUGACACAAUCUACCUCAGCCAGCCCCCCUCCCUGCCAGAAUUGGACCCCCCUGGGUCCCUGCCUCCUGCUCCCCAUUCUCUGUCCUGCAUCCCAGCCUGGCUGCUUAAUUCUUCCCAGAAUCCCUACAGGGUCCUUGCAGUCAGAGAAUAUUCCAGAACCACAGUCCAGAGGGACCCUUAAGGUGCCCUAAGCUACCUGCCCUCCACAUCUAUUACAGAGGAGAAAUGGAGGCCCAGAGAAAGCCAGGGACUUGCCCAAGAUUGCACAGGAAGUUAUUGGCAGAGUUAGGCUUUUCCUGGAGCAGAGAGGUCGUUGGGUCCAUCUUACUUUUGUCAGGAAGAGAACAGGACACUGAGUACCAAGUUCGCCCUCAGUAUCUCUACCCACAGGAGACACUAUCCCCAUUUUCAGGGUAGACUUCUGUCUCAGUUUUCUUGAACUGAUCCCCCAGCUUAUUGACUGGGCUCCCCAAACCUCUCCAGGACCACACACCCCUCAUCACACCUCCCUGCACUGAUAAACCAUGUGCCUUGUAACUGUCACCCCGAUUGGACAGCACAGACCUCCACCCCUCCCCAGCAGGGGUUUGCCAACAGGGAAGGCGUUCUUGGUCCCCUCCUCUCAUCUGUCCCACUGUUGUGUCUCCCCCAGAUCUGCCUUAUCCCCAGCCAGCUCCCUGCUACUCUGAGUCCCACAGAGGCGUGUCACCAUAAGAGUUGGGGAAAGCAGAGCCCAGGGAGGACAAGACCUAGUGAGGGCCAAGGGGGCUGGAAGUGUCUAGGGCAGCUCUUAUCUGGCAGCCCGAUGCCCUCCUAAGGGGCUAAUGUGCCACAGGUCCUUCCCUUGGAGGUCACCUGGGCUUGGAGUUCACAGAAGCCACAGGCAGUGAGGACGUUUCCCCAGACAGGAGUGUGUGGGUUGCAAGUUCAAAUGCCUUCAGGUAAUGAAGGAAAGGAGAGAAGAGCAAGUGCUAUACCGCAGGGAGUGGUGGGGACUCUGGGAGACGGGGGAACACCUGCCCCUGCCGAUAGGACCUAAAGCUCACAUUUUUGAAAAUCCCUGUGCUGGUCGAACUAAUCUCAGAUUUGGCCCAUGGGCCACCAGCUUGAAAUCUCUGGUUUAAAAUGUUGAGAAGGUUCUAGGAAGCCAUGCAGAAUGUGAUAACCCCUCUGGGGAAGUCAAGGACAGAGGCCCUGGCUUCCUCUGAGAAUUUUUUAAACCCCUACCAACUGACCACUUGAGAGCUGUCCUUUCUUCCCCCUCAUCUGAGAAGUGGACAGGGGAGGGAGACCUGGGCCUUCACAGGGUCCCUGCCUGGGGAACAUCAUCUGAUAAGGGCUAGAGGCCCCUCCAUGCCUGAAGGGGGCAAUUUAGAGACUGGGGUCUUCUCCAGGGUUGGGGCCCCCUGUUAGGAGGAACCUGCAUUGUGUGAAGGGAGAGUCCAGGGAGAGGAUAAGGACUGAAAACUAAGACCCAGCUGCCCCCAUCUCACGCUGGCCCCCAUCUCAAAGCUGGAGGUAGGGCCUCCAGGGGGAGGAGCUACAAAUUUCUAUACUGAUCUGCUUUGUGAGGUCUCAUUGAAAGGGACAAAAUGAGUGCCAAGCCACCUGGGCAACAGCGGGCAUGGUGGCUGAGCGCCCUCUUCCCAACAAGACCCUGGAUCUGGAGUGGGGCAAAGGGACUAGAACGUGCCAUUCUGGUUGGGAAGGGGCUAGAACAUUCCUGGGUCCUCGGCUGCUGCAGGUGGAGGCAAGAGGAGGAAGAGCAGGAAACUGUGGAAGUGGGAAAGGAACGUGCCCCUUUCAGGAACGGCCUGGUUCCUGGAGGCAGAAAACUCCCUAGUGGGGAGAAGGCUGGUCCUCUAAUGCCUGGCCUCAUCCACGCUUCCGCGAUCACAGCAAGGUGGGCGCUGCCCUCUCCCCAGCAAUCCUGGCCUUUUUUUCUAUGCACAAUCAUUGUAAGGGCACCCCCAGGCCAGGCUGAAGGGGUGGGGGCCCCGGGGCACCGGCAAUAAUCCCAGACUGGAAGGUAGCCUGAGACAAAAGCAGGAGAGAAGGGCACUGGGGGGAAAAGGAUAUUCCUCCAUCUCUCUCUCAUCCAAAUAUCCCAGAACCCAAACCAGACAUGUCUCCAUUGGGCUAACCCACCAAACUUGGUAGGGAGAGGGAGGGUGCUCUCAGAUAAACACAACCCCCAACCGACCCCCUUGGUUUUCCAAACUAGUAAAAUAGCUAGAAAGGACCUGAAUGAUUCCCAGAGCCCCCUCUUAGAAUUUUCACCCCUGAGGGUCCUAUAGUUUGGGAGAUUUUUCUUCCAAACAAGCCUCACUUCUUGAAGAAUAAUUAAUUAAAUUAACUCAAGCUGAGCUUCUGAUCAUAGAUAAAUGCUACCCAGGCCUCAAGUUAGCUUUCAGGGCUUGAGGGUGGGGGAAUAUUUGUAUUAUAUUGGAGGGUUUAACAUACAAUUCUCAAGAGCACUCGAGGGCCCCCAUUCCUGCCUCCACUGAUCCUUAGGGAUCCCAAGGUGGGAAUCUGGUUUGCUCAUCCAGAAUCUUGUUUUACUGAAGGGGAAGGCCCAGAGGCAGCCAGCCCAAGGUCACUGGGCCAGUUGGUGGCAGGGUGGGACCAGAGCCCAUGUCCUUCCGGGUCCCACCAGAACAUUCCCAGCACUGACGCUUCCCCUUCCACUGUCUCCAUCUCCAGGAACCACUAGCCAUGAUUGAGGGGCUGAUUUCCCUCCCUCAGCACAAUUCCGGGUGAUUCUCCCCUCCAGGUUCUUUCUGCCCUCCCUAAUCGGCCCCCACCCUUGCCCACCUCUGUUUCCCAUUCCUGGUUCCACCUCCUGGUAUUUACUACAUCUGUGCCAUCCUUAGUCCCCCCGCCCCCACUCACCCCUCUGCGCUUCCCCCAGGAGGGGGCGGAGACCCCAAGCUGGGGCGUCUGUACUGAGACUCUUUUGUACACCACAAACUUUUUGUAUAUUUUUAAUUUUGCUGCGACAUGAGAUAUUAAAAGUCAUUUCAG